AUGACUCGAACGAUGCGACUUGACGUCGGUCUGGUGACCUGCUUGGCCGCCUUCUCCGGCGUCGCUGAUGCCUUCUGGCGACUGCCCUGCCGUGGACGAAGUGGUCUGGCUCGAAUGGAUCCAUUGAUGGACCCCGGAAAACCAUCCAACCACGUCCAUGCGAUCCAUGGUGCAAGCUCCUUUGCGAUGACCGUCGACGAAGCGAGCCUCAAAGAAUCGGAGUGCACCUCUUGCGCAGUCACCCAGGACAAGUCGGCAUACUGGGCCCCCGCGCUGUACUUCAUGCACGAGAAUGGUGAUACCGAGAUUGUGGAGCAAGUGGGAGGCAUGCUUGCUUACUACCUGCUUUAUGGCGAGAAAGUGGCCGCAUUUCCCGAAGGAUUUCGCAUGCUUGCCGGUGAUCCCUUCCUGCGCAACUUCCCUUGGCCGAUCCCCGACCGUCCGAAGUCCGAAUGGACCGGCAAGCAGGCUUCCCAGAAGUCCCUCCGCCAGAAGGCUCUUGGGUUCAACUGCCUGAACUACAACAAGGAUGCGGAGCCGUCGCUCGGCCGCCACUAUCUUCCCGACAAGUCUUACCUUGAUGAGCACUGUACCGAUGGUGUUCGCUUCGAAAUCAUGUUCCCGUCGUGCUGGAACGGAAAGGACAGCGAUUCCGAUGACCACCAGUCGCAUGUCGCCUAUCCGUCGCUGGUUAUGGAUGGAACCUGCCCCGAGGGCUACGAGACCCGCGUCAUUUCUCUCUUCUACGAGACCAUCUGGAACACCUAUGCCUUCAAGGACAAGCAAGGUAAAUUCGUUCUCGCCAACGGUGAUCCGACCGGCUUCGGAUAUCACGCCGAUUUCAUUCAUGGCUGGGACUCCGGUAUCCUCGAGCAGGCCGUGAAACGGUGCACCAACCCCUCUGGCCAGAUCACCGAUUGCGAUGUCUUCGACAUCCAGAGUGAGAGCGACCAGCAGAAGUGUAAAUUUGAGGUUCCCGACGUGCUGAAGGAUGAGGAUGUCUACGAGUACAAGGGCAGUCUCCCUGACGGCCUCGCUGUCCAGUAUGGACCUGCCUACGCUAGCCCCGUCUCCUACGUCUCUGGACACGCCUCCGCCACUCAAAGCGCCGAGGUUUCUGCUUCCCUCGGCGUCUCCCUCUCGCUGGGUGGAAACGCGGAGACGACCAAGGCUCCCCAACCGACCUCGACCUCGACCACUCAACCCACCUGGACCGCCAAGCCCAGCAUAUCCUACCUGGAUGGCACCGUUGUUGAAGAAGUCGUCUACAUCGAGAAGGAAAUCACCAUUCAUGUCGACGCACAGGGUAACCCUACCCAAACCGAAGCCGGCCCAGUGGAGACCCUUUCUACCGCCACAUCGACCACCACCGAUGUUGUCUCUACUAUCGUUUCUACGCCGACUGCGCCACCUGCGAAGCGGGAUGGACAUGCCCAUGUGCACAAGCGUCACCGCCAUGGUCGCCAUGCUCACUAA